GCGAACCAGUUUACCUAUAAAAACAAACUCAUUUCUCACACAAAAAAUACUUAAAAUUGAAUUUUAAACACUUUUUAGUCUUAUUUUUGAUAUAACAACCUAUCUAAAUUAUGCCUGUGUAAUGCUAGAAAACAUAUCGUUGUGUGUCUUCAAGAUCGAAACGGAUUUGGAGCCGAGUGCAGAUUCCGAGGGAGCCGUGUCCGCCGAACAUCCCACCAAUCCCCGAGUGCUUAAAGAGAGAGAGCGCGAUCGCGGACUUCGCCAGUCUCGCGACAUCAUCAUCGAAACCUACACCAACCAGCGUUGGACACGGGAAUUGAGUGCUCCAAAGGAUCAAAACACGGAGGGCAAUAAGAUGAAUUGGGCGGCUGCACUGCAGCACGUCAACAGCCCCACGGCAGGCAGUUCCCGGGAAACAACACCACGGAGCGGGGAUGAAAACCAGGUUGGAGGUCCGCAGGUCACCUCCUCGAAAUUUCCCCAAGAGAUCGGCUACUUUUCCGGCAAUCCCAUUGUUGAGGUAACCAAGGGCCUCAUUCAUCUCUACAAGAAAAACGAACGCAAGGCCAUCAAGGAGGCUCCUUCUAACCAACUCUGCCUGCUGGCUGUGCCAGCCACUCUUAACUGCCACGAUCUGCUGAACUUCAUCGCUCCCUGUCAUGCGGAGAUCAAGCACGUUCAGAUUGUCCGAGAUGGUAGUCCCAAUCAGUUUAUGGUACUACUUGAAUUCCGCUCGAAUGAGUCAGCUUUGGAAUUUUACAAGUCCUACAAUGGCAUUGCCUACAACUCUCUAGAGCCAGACUCGCUUUGCCAUGCAGUCUGGGUAUCGGCGGUCGAGAGGAGCGAACAUGGAGCACCUCCAAUGGGACACACAGAACUACCGACUUGUCCAGUCUGCCUGGAGCGAAUGGACGAAAGUGUAGAUGGCGUGCUGACCAUAUUGUGUAAUCAUGCCUUUCACGCCAGCUGCUUAAUGAAGUGGGGUGAUUCAACCUGUCCAGUGUGCCGCCAUGUACAGACGCCCGAGCUAGUUGAGGAUUCGGUUUGCAUGGAGUGCGAGGGCACCGAUUCGUUAUGGAUAUGUUUGAUUUGUGGACAUGUAGGCUGCGGGCGCUACCAGGGUGGCCAUGCUGCUGCCCACUACCGGGCCACCAAUCACACCUUUGCCAUGCAGUUGGGCACCUCAAGCGUAUGGGACUAUGCUGGCGACAACUUUGUACACCGAUUGUUUCAAAACAAAUCCGAUGGCAAGUUAGUGGCCUCCCAAACAGAGAAAGAUGAGCGAGAGGAAAAGAUCGACUCAAUGCAGAUGGAGUUUACUUACCUAUUGACCUCGCAGCUUGACACACAACGCAAAUACUAUGAGGAGCGUAUGGAGAGGCUAGAGCAGGAGUGGCAGAACUUCAAGGCAAACGCUAAUGAGGCAAAGACCGAGGUCUCCGAACUGCAACAGCUGCAGCAGACCAUGCAAAAAGAGAAGGUGAACUUGGAGCGCAAGCUGGCGCAGCAUACCACCAAACUUAAAGAGGUUCAGAAGCAACUUAACGAAGAGCGGGAGUUGUCGAAGGCUUUGCAAACCAACCAGAGCUCCUGGCACGGCAAAUACAAGAUCUUGGAACAGCAGUACAAUGAGUUUAAGCACAAUCACGAUGCCGAGGUCACCGAUCUCAAAGAACAACUUCGAGACGUUAUGUUCUUUCUGGACAAUCAGCAGAAGAUGGCCAACUCAGAGCUCGCAGGCGCAUCUAUCACUGGCAUUGGGGAAAAAGAGCCGGAUCCAACCUCCAGGCGUGGGAAUCGUCGCAAGAAGUAAAUCUAACACCUACCUAUCAUAUACCAUUCACACAUAAAUGUAUUUUGAUUCGAGCUGCAUUGUUUAGCUGAUCUUAAAAGGCUAUGCAAACCGAAUAUAUAAGAUUAAUAACAGCUCUAUAUGUGAUUUCCUUUGUGAAGCAAAAAACCCAAGGAUAUAAUAUCUAGUGUACGUGUACUAUUAUUUUUAAGCUAAUGGAGAUGUGUCUAAAAUGUAUUGCGAUUUUAUUUCGAAUUGAUUAAAAGUUUCUGAAGAAAUCUA